GACAUGUCGGUGUUUGGGAAGCUGUUCGGCACCGGGGGUAAGGGCUCGAAGGGCCCGAGCCCCCAAGAGGCCAUCCAGAAGCUGCGGGAUACCGAGGAGAUGCUGACCAAAAAGCAGGAGUUCCUGGAGAAGAAGAUCGAGCAGGAGCUGGCCGCUGCCAGGAAGCAUGGCACCAAGAACAAGAGAGUUGCCCUUCUGGCACUAAAACGGAAGAAGAGGUACGAGAAACAGUUGGCGCAGAUUGACGGAACGCUGUCUACUAUCGAAUUCCAGAGGGAAGCCUUAGAAAACGCCAACACAAACACCGAAGUCCUCAAGAACAUGGGCUUUGCCGCUAAAGCUAUGAAGGCCGCUCAUGAUAACAUGGAUAUCGAUAAGGUUGAUGAACUAAUGCAGGACAUCGCCGACCAGCAUGAGGUGGCACACGAAAUCUCAGAUGCCAUUUCCAAACCAAUUGGUUUUGGAGAGGACUUCGAUGAGGAUGAACUCUUGGCGGAAUUGGAAGAACUAGAACAAGAAGAACUGGACAAGAAUCUUUUGGAGGUUCAAGGUCCAGAAACUGUGCCGCUCCCAAAUGUGCCUGCAGCUUCUCUGCCCGCAAAGCCAGCCAAGAAGAAGCAAGAGGAGGAUGACGAGGACAUGAGAGAACUUGAGAACUGGGCUGCCGUGUAGAUUUGUCGCACAGACAUAGAGACUGAUCACCUGUCUGAGUUGGGUGUCUACAUACCUGGGAAGAAAGGGGGAGCGGAUACAGAAAAGGACUCCGCGUCUCUGUCUUUCUCUUCCCCUUUCUCUCUCUAACGCCUAAAGCCUGGAAUGCGCAUUCGGAUAAACGAACUAAAAACAGCGGGUACUUAGGUUCUGUCUGAUUUAGGAAA